AUGCUGGCCCGGUUCAAUCUGCCCACACCAGCCCCCAGCCAUAUGUUCACGCUCGGGGGCAUUGGUGCUGGGUCUAAUGUGCUGUUGCCCGGGGAUCCUUCAUAUUCAGGAGGCCCUGAGGAUCACGGCACUGUGAAACCUGCCAUCGAUCCCACAACUUUGGCUAUCAACGAAUGUAUAGCCCUUCUGCUGGCAAUGAGGAAAGCCCAACGCCAUCUGUCUGGUGUUGCAGCGCUUCUUGGUGGUGACUUCUUCGGUGAGGAUGAUGACAUCAUGAAUAAUGGCUCGCUGAAGAAUUUGACUACGCGUCAAUCACAAGGAGACCCCUUGACACUGAGCUUCAUGCAAUUACGACUGAUGUUAACUUCAACUGACAACAUUUACUCAUUGGAUUCUUUAACGCUAUUACAGCCGUUUUUGAUGGUUAUCAAGGCGCCCCAAACCUCUGGACACAUUACUCGUCUUGCUCUCAAUGCAGUGCUGAAAUUCUUGACAUUUCAGAUCAUCAGUGUGCAGCUGCGAAAUUUACAGCAAGCGCUCAUCCAAGUGGUGUCAGCUCUAUGUAAAUGUCGUUUUGAACAAGGUGAUCAAAAUCUGGACGAUGCCGUGCUUCUCAAGGUGUUGCGUUUGCUUGAAAUCAUCUUGGAGCUGCCUCUAUCUAACAUGUUGUCGAAUGAACUGAUUCUGGAGGUUGUACAAGUUUGCUGGCUGCUUGCUAUCAAUAAGCGCCGUUCAGAGGUGUUGCGGCGGGCCGCGGAGAUGGCCAUGGAAGCUAUGACGUUCCGCAUUUUCUCACGAUUGGCUCAAAUUCCUGCUUCGCGCCACGAUGACGAUUUAACAGUUCACUUUGAUCCCAACUCUUUACCCAAAGAUACGAUCGGUGCUUGCGCUGAUGGUGAAGCUAACGAUACUUCAGAUGCGAAUAUUACUUCGGACAUUGCGGAAGCCACUGAAGAAUCCAUUAUUGAGACCAAAGAAGGCGAGGCUGAAAAAGAUACUGAAAAUUUGACGAAUCCCCAGGAAGAGCCUUUCGGUAUCCUUGCGAUAAACGAUUUCCUCACCAUUCUUGUUCUGAUGAUUGCCCCUGGAUCACAGUACUCUAACAUGGAACUGACUCGUGUGUUUGCUUUACUGCUUAUCAAUACUGCUAUUGAGGUAGCUGGGCGUGAUAUUUUGAACCAUCCGGCGCUUUUAGGGGUAGUUGCUGAUCCGGUAUUCAAGCACACUCUUCAGAUUAUUGCCACCACAGAAUCAUCGGCAUUAUUACAAGCUCUGAUGCAGUUGUUGACCACAAUUGCGAUAAUUAUGGGGCAUGAGCUCAAACCCCAAAUGGAGCUCGCGUUGAAGCUCAUCUUCGAGUCGAUUCUUGCUAGUAGUCAAACCCCACAGGCUGCGGUGAAGGCUCAAGCAACCCCCAACUCUAAAGUGAUUGUACGUCUGGGUCUCUCGAAGGAGAUAUUGCUUGAGCUGUUGUCAUUGUUGUGGACUCGUGAUCCUAGAAAAUUUUUUGUGAAUUUGUUCAUAUACCACGAUUGCGAUUUUGAAAAACUGGAUCUCGCCCAUCAAGUUGUGGAUAAUCUUUGCAAGUUGGCGCUACCUGAACUGGCUCAGAUAACUACAGACAAUGUACCCCCUAUCUGUUUGGAAGGGAUUUUGCUGUUAGUGUUUGCGUUAAAUGAACAAUUAAAGCGUGCACCAAAAUUGGUGGGUAAUUCACACUCGCGCCUUGACAACCGUGCGCGGAAAACUGCUUUCGUUCAAUGCACUCACACUUUCAACAAGAAACCCAAAGAUGGCAUUGCCAAGCUUGUGGAGAAUGGAUUCAUCUCAAGCGCGACAAACUUUCAGGAGUUGGCAGAGUUUUUCUUGUCUAAGCUGGGACGUCUUAACAAAAAGAUUCUUGGCGAGUAUUUAGCGAAGCCCACUUCGAAACAGCUUUUGCAGGAGUUCAUUGGCUUGUUGGAUUUCACAAACAUGAGAGUGGAUGAGGCCAUUAGAAUUUUGCUCAAGACAUUCCGUUUGCCUGGUGAAUCUCAACAAAUUGAGAGAAUCGUGGAAUUGUUUGCGGAGAGGUAUGUCGAAUGUUACACUGAUGACGAGGAGGAAGCUGAAGAGGGGCGCGAACCUGUGCGACCCGAUCGUGACUCGGUGUUCAUUUUACUGUACUCCAUCAUUAUGCUCAACACUGACUUGCACAACCCCCAAGUCAAGAAGCAAAUGUUACUCGCGGAUUACCAACGUAAUUUAAGAGGUCAAUGCAAUGGUAAGGACUAUCCGGAAUGGUAUUUGAGCAAGAUCUAUAAUCUGAUCAAGGACAGAGAGAUUAUCAUGCCGGAAGAACACCAUGGCACAGAUAAAUGGUUUGAUGAUGUAUGGAAUAAUGUUGUGCAGGCUGAAACUAAGACUCACGGAACAGAUUCUGAAGUGUCUCCCCAAGAUCAAGCUCAAUUCGAUCGGGCAUUUUUUGACAGCAUCGCAUCCAAAAUAUUUGAAACGCUUUUUCUGGUCUUUGGAGAAGCAUCGGAUGAUCAUGUCAUCACCAGAAUCAUGCUGGCAGUGGAUAAAUGUGCUAAUAUUUGUUUACAUUAUCUGCUCAAGUCACAUUAUGAGCUGUUGGUUGAAAUGCUUUGCAAAUGUACUCAUUUGCUCGAUUCUUCAAUUCGUGUGCCUGUGGAAACGCUUGAUGACGACUUACGCGAGUCGAUACCCCUCACUCAAGUUACCAUCGAGGAUGGUGACGACACCAAAACUAUUACCGUCGGAACUCUUUCCGUUUGGUUUGGUCGUGACUUUAAAGCUCAAAUUUCGACUGUGGUUUUGUUUCGGCUUCUCAAAAAAGUGGGUUACGCCCUUGGGAAAGAUGAUCUGGGCAAGUUGGCUAUGCGUAUUAUUUUGACGCUUUACGAGAAUUGUCUUGUCGACUCGCUGAUGCUUCUCCCAGACUCUGAAUUGCCCACAGUCAAACCGAAAUACAUCAUUAGUAAAAUCAAAAGUGGUGUCAAUAACCUGGGAAUCUUGCUGACAUUUUCGUCUUUCCUCAAGGGAUACGGCGGUGAAUCUCAACCAGAGCCUACUGCCGCGGAGAUCGACGCUACGAUGUCAACGCUAGAUUGUGUGUCUCUGUUGCAAUUAUCGACUAUAUUUGAAAGAAUGUUGACCACAUCUAAAAAGGUUGCCGGUGCAAGUUUUGUUGAUCUUUUCCUUAGUCUUAUUCCGACGUUGGAUGACUCUACAAAGCGUUAUUUUGAAGCAGAACUGAUGCUUUUACUUCAGUUAUCAGUUCAAUUUGCUAAUACUGAAGAUGAAAUCGUGAAAGUUUUAGCAGCCGCCAACGAAAUCAAGGGUUUCUCUAAGCAAGCGUCCAUCAAGGUGAUUACCUUGAAAUUGAAAUUAACAACUGGUUUGAAAUCAACUGAACAUCAGCAACAGUUUGCCGAACUUAUCCUAAAAGAAAUCCAAGGAGUGGACAAGGAAUUUUUGGCCAAAAACGGAGAUUAUAUUUUGGAUGCAAUCCUCAAAGAAUUACCACGUCUGAUUCCGAUGGUGUUGCAUCUUCAAGAUUAUUGGAAGGUGUUACGUGUAUUAGGGUCUCUUCAACAAUUCAGUGGUGAUAUAUUAGACUUCAUUGAGAGAUUGUGCCAGAGUUCACAACCUGAAAACAUCGAUCCAAAUAACUUCAUGUUUAUUUUGGGUCUUCUUGACGAGAUUUCCCUGAUGGGUGCACUUGGCGCGGCGGCGGAGCAGCAGCAAGAGCUUCCCGUGCCAAAAGGUGAGAAACGCCCUCAACCUACUCAAGCACAAUUAGACGUCGUCACUCAUGCUAAGCGGCUGAUCUGCUUGACUGCUGAAUUAGCACCCAUAACGAAACGUCCUGAUUUCACUGGUUUGAGAUACUCUCUUCUACAAGCUCUUGCUCAUCAAUGUUUCAAUCCAUGCCGUGAGGUGCGUGGCUUCUCUAUGGGGGUUUUGAGAAGCACGAUCCUAGCCACUGAACUUGAAGAGAAUUCGGAAGACGACUCAACCAGUCUUACUGCGUUUGGGUUGUUCGAAUAUGGUUUGUUCCCUUUGCUCGUGGAGCUUUGUAAAGUUGAAGUGAUCGAAACAGACCGUCGUGGAUUUGUGUCAACUCAAAUUGAAUCUUUAUCCUUGGUUUCGAAGGUAUUCUUACAGUAUUGCGCCACUUUCACUGCUGAAAAAGUUGAGCAAGUCUGGUUGUACAUUUUGGACAAUUUUGUCGCGAUGAGGAAACAAGUGUCGGAAGAUUCAGCUAAGGACUUUGACGAAGCAGCUCCCGAAUUGCUCAAAAACAUGGUUCUCGUACUUCAGUCCAAUAAUAUUUUGAAAGAAGAUGACCGCUUGAGUAAUUUGAGUUGGUCAAAGAUUGGAGAUAUUUAUCCCGAAUUGCCCAACGAGCUUAAGAAAGAGCCCAAAACGGAACAAGCGGAUUCUGUGGAGAAGGCUAUUACCGAAAGCAAGCAAGAAGUUUCUAGUGACAACGCUGAGUAG